AUGGUUCCGCGGGGGGCGGUGACAGCAAGGGGACAGCACGUCCCCUUUAAGAACGGCGCCGCCAUGAUCUGCCUGGUGCUGGGGCUCUUCGCCGGCUUCUUCCACAGUGCCUUCAGCGGGGUCAACGAACGAACCUUCGUGGCAAUCAAACCGGACGGGGUCCAGCGGCGCCUGGUCGGGGAGAUCAUCCGGCGCUUCGAGAGGAAGGGGCUGCAGCUGGUGGGGAUGAAGCUGCUGCAGGCCUCGGAGGAGCUGCUGAAGGAACACUACAUCUCCCUCCGGGACCGUCCCUUCUACAGCCGCUUGGUGAAGUACAUGAGCUCCGGGCCCAUCGUGGCCAUGGUCUGGCAGGGCCUAGAUGUGGUGAAGACAGUUCGCACCAUGAUCGGGGAGACCAAUCCAGCUGAAUCCAAGCCUGGCACCAUCCGAGGAGACUUCUGUGUUGAAGUUGGCAAGAAUGUGAUCCAUGGCAGUGACUCAGUGGAGAGUGCUCAGCAGGAGAUCUCUCUGUGGUUCCGCCCGGAGGAGCUGCCGUGCUGGGAGGACACAGCUGCACACUGGAUCUACGAAUGAGGUGCAGUGAGGAGCAAUCUCAAGGGAAGUUCGUCUUCCUUCUGGGACACAGGACAUUUCCAUCCAUUUCAUGGCAGCUGCUGGGGCUGGCUGCAGAUGCUCUGUGGGAUUCCUCUUCUGCCUGGUGGAUCCUGGGAGAUGGGCUGUGUGUGGAACUCUGUGGUUCAGCUCCUGCCAAGGGGAGCUGUUUCUUUUUUUCUCUCUCUGCUCUAGUAAGUAGUUGGUACUGUUUCUCUGUUUGCUGCAGCUUCUUAAAUCCCAAGUAGCUCAAGCUGAUUCAUGGAAGGAAAAUUGGGCUUUUGGCCCAUUCCUGGGUGUUCUCAUCCCUGCCUGGAACAGAAGAAUGCAUUUUCCUUGCUGCUGGGAGAGGUGCUGAUCACAAGGUGAUGGGCGUGACAACUUACCUGCAUUUCUAGAAGGCUUUUCAGCAAAGGCUUUUAAAGAAUUGGGCUGCUGUAGGAUAAGGGAGCAAAUUCUCAUUUUGGAGUUCAUUCCAAGACAAGGAAUGAAGGGUGGGACAAUUCUCCCUUGGUGUGCUGGGGCACAAGCUCACCCAGUUCAGACGUGAUGAGGUGAGUCCUUGGAAGGAAGAUUCUCCAAAUGCUGUUAAACGCACAAUUCCUCAGGCUCUGGUUCCUGGGCUGUGGCUGCUGGGAGUGGGAAGCUCCUCCAGGUCUGCUCUGCUUCUUUGAGGCUGCAUGGCCCUGACCCAACCUGACAUCAGACUGUCCCUCCAUGGUCACUGAUGUGAAGCAGCAGCACUGGGGCAGCCACAGGAGUAGAAGGGGGGAGAGGGAAGCAAGGAAGGAUUUAUGGAUCUAGGGCCUAGGAAGGACUCCCUUUAGGGCAGUAUUUAGUUCUCUCUUGUGCACAGCACAGGCUGUGGAGUCCUGGCACUGAGCUGUGGCAGAGCCCAAGAUUCUGCUUGUUAUCCUGGGAGCUUGGAGUGGAGCUUUCCUGAUGGGAGGGUAUCUGGAAACUAGUUUGUAAUGGGCUGGACAGCACCUCUGAGCUGUCUCUGGGCCACCCAGAGUUGUGCUGUGUCUGAGCUCCCUGUGGAGCCUCACCAGAGCAUAAGGACAGGGACAGUGACGUGGAAUCCUGCUGUGGAACAGGGACAUGGUUAAACCAAGGGAACAAGAUCCCCAGGGCAUCCUGCAUGUGGAUGAGUUUGACCUGUGCCGUAAAAGCCUGUCCCUCUGGGUCCUCAACGUUGUAGGUGCUGGGGAAUGAGGACAGUUCUUGGGGGGCAGAGGAAAGUCACCUUCACUCCCGUUCUGUGCUGGCCCCAGCGUGGUAGGGUUGAGCAGGGCAGGGCUGGGAGGUCUCCCUCCAAUGAGUGGGGCUGUCUAGCUGCCUCAGACAAAGCUCCUCCUGCCCUGGGGCCUUCUCCAGGCAUCUGUGUCCAGCUCUUAAGUACUUGCCAGAUCCUGUUUGUUCCUGGACCUUGUCCACUUGACUGAAUUUCGAGUCUGGCUGCUGCAGGAGAAGGUGCUGGUGAAAACGGAGGUGUGAAGCGAGUGGGAGGAAAGCCACAUUUGUUGCGUAACAAAUAGAUUGAGAAGAGCUGUUGGCACCAAGAGCUGCUAGCUCUGACACAGAAAAGCUCUGCUCAAAUACUCGAGCUCUAUCUCCUGCCAUUGCCUCUUCCUGAAGGAUACCUCUUCUCCCUGUCUAUGUAGAUGAGACUUUAGAUGCCCUCCUGCUCUCAAAGCCCACUGAACUCUGGGACCUGACUCAUGAGACACAAUCCCAGGCCAGUCCUCUCCUCUCUGUGUGUGUAGGUUUGGUGUCUGCCCGUGCUCGGGGGCACAAUGGAGCAACAGCUGCAGGGAAAGGGGCCGCAGAGGCACUGCUGGGAGCAGGUAGAAGAGCUGAGCUGUGGGUGGUCUUCCUCGAGCCCCUGGGGACUUUAAUUGCUUUGCAUGUUGGCUCCUGCUGCUUCUCCUCUGUCCAAGACUGUGUUCAACUGUAAUAAUAAAAGUAGAAGCUGUC